AUGACCCACGUCGGCUUGGCAUGUGUGGCCUGCCUGUCUGCUGGAGCAAUUUCCGCUGCGUUUCUUUUCUUCACGCUAUCCCCGACCGCCGCCCACGCACUGGUGGGUUCUCUCCUCGCCCUCGUGCCCACGGCGAUAGAGUUAAAAAACAAGAUCGAAGAGUCCAAAGGUAAACGUGAAUCGUCUACUGACACGUUUUUGGAACUCAGGAAGCAGCUCAAGCUCGAAAGCAAGCACGUCUCUGACCUAUCCAAAGAAGCCGACUUUCUCAAGGCGUAUCAUGACGCUCUCAACAAGACCAACGCCAACAUUGAGGGGCUCUGCACGAAGAUCGACAACAUCGCGGGCAUCUGGCAUGCGCUCGAAUCCGACUUCAUGAUCCUACUCGGCCAACUGGAGAACAUUGCCGGCCCGGAGAUCAACUACACCAGGUUGGUCAACAAGAAGGUCGCGACGCCUCGUAGGAUGUACGCCGAGCUGUCGCGUCUGUUGGAGGAAUAUGUGCGUGGAGUGGAUAGCGCCCCUGUCGCCGAGGACACCGAGGACGAGUAA